GAAGUAUUUCUUCGUCGCUUGCUUAUGGCGUAAUCCUCCUCACGUGUAGUGUAAACUAUCACAACAUAGAGCUUUUUUAGUUGCUAAUUUUUUACAAAUAAUCUUAAUUUUCAGAUUUGGACACACACACAGAGAGAAAGCCAUGGCCUCCAGCUGUCGUCGACCUGAACACACAGCUCCUCCUGAAGUGUUCUAUAAUGAAGCUGAGGCAAAGAAAUACUCUCAGAACUCUCGGAUGAUUGAGAUCCAGACUCAGAUGUCAGAGAGAGCUGUAGAGCUCUUGAACCUGCCAGAGGGGAAGCCAUGCUUCCUGUUGGAUGUGGGGUGUGGCUCUGGCCUCAGUGGAGACUUCCUGUCAGAAGAGGGACACUACUGGGUGGGAGUCGACAUCAGCACUGCAAUGCUCGAUGUUGCUCUGGACAGAGACGUAGAAGGAGACCUCUUAGUGGGGGAUAUGGGCCAGGGGAUGCCUUUCCGACCUGGCACCUUUGAUGGUUGCAUCAGUAUCUCUGCCCUGCAGUGGCUCUGUAACGCUGACAAGAGAACACACAGUCCUCCAAAGAGACUCUACACCUUCUUUAGCACUCUUUACUCCUGCCUGUCACGAGGCUCAAGGGCAGUUUUUCAACUUUACCCAGAAAACUCAGAACAGCUCGAGUUGAUCACGACGCAGGCCAUGAGGGCAGGCUUCGGUGGAGGAAUGGUGGUGGAUUACCCAAACAGCAGCAAGGCUAAAAAGUUCUUUCUCUGUCUGUUUGCUGGAGUCACAGGAGUCCUUCCCAAAGGUUUGGGUGCAGAGACAUCAGACAGAGCUGUUGCUAACCAGGUCCAGUUUUCAAAACAAAGAUGCCGCUUCAAGAACAUGAAGGGCAAAUCAGUGAAGAAGGGAAAAGACUGGAUCGUUGAGAAGAAGGAGAGGAGAAGAAGACAAGGAAAGGAGGUUCGAGCUGACACAAAAUACACUGGACGUCAGAGAAAACCUCAUUUCUAGAUGUGACUCAUGCAGCGCUGCUUUCAUAAGCGCUCGUCUGUGCCACUCCGCACUCAAUCGCCGCUGGAAUUUCACAGUGUUUGGGCUCGGCUCAUUUUUCAACAUUUUAAUUCAAGUAAAUGAGAUGCAAGAGUAAAAAGCCAUUAUGCCCAAUUAUUUUGUAAUUCAAACAAGUGUUGGGCAAUUUUUCCACACAAAUGUAACUUUCCACAUUGAUGUGGCUGGAAGAUACAAGUACUGUGAUCUGUGCUGCUCGUUGGGGACAGAAUGGUAUUGAAACCAUUUUUAUGAAUGAUCAAAUGUCAUGUCUUUUAUCCCUGAUCAGCGGUUUAUUCUCAAUUAAAAACAAGCACAAUGCAA